AUUGCUCCUCAACACAACUCCCCGGCGCAUGUCAAACAACACGUGCAUGCAACUGGAUGUGGUGCUCAGCUGUGAAUAGCUUAAUUAUUCUGGAUAAGUCAGUUCCCCUUUACUAGUUUGAACAGUUUUGUAAUCAUACAUCAAUGGGAGGGGUUCAAAAGAAAAAGUUUGAGAGGGGCUCUGCCACCAACUACAUCACAAGAAACAGAGCCCGCAAGAAGCUCAUGUUGAGCCUCCCGGAUUUCAGACGAUUAUGUAUCCUUAAAGGUAUCUAUCCCCACGAGCCAAAACACAAGAAGAAAGUCAAUAAAGGCUCCACCGCUCCAAGGACCUUCUACCUGCUCAAAGACAUCCGCUUCCUGUUGCAUGAGCCAAUUGUUGGGAAGUUCAGAGAGUACAAGAUAUUUGUACGUAAACUAAAGAAGGCUUAUGGAAAAACAGAGUGGUCAGCAGUGGAAAGACUAAGAGAAAACAAGCCCACCUACAAAUUGGACCACAUCAUCAAAGAAAGGUACCCCUCCUUCAUUGAUGCCCUCCGUGACAUCGAUGAUGCUCUCUGCAUGUGCUUCCUUUUCUCAACGUUCGCCAGGACAGGAAAGUGCCAUGUGCAGACAAUCCAGCUGUGCAGGCGCCUCACCGUGGAGUGGAUGAACUAUGUUAUUACAGCCCGUGCUCUUAGAAAGGUUUUCAUCUCCAUCAAGGGAAUAUAUUAUCAAGCUGAGGUGAUGGGGCAGCUCAUUACAUGGCUGGUGCCAUACCAGUUCUCACAUGAUCACCCAACAGAUGUGGAUUACAGAGUAAUGGCCACUUUCACAGAGUUUUAUACGACUCUUUUGGGGUUUGUCAACUUCAGGCUCUACCAUUCCCUCAACUUGGUCUACCCACCAAAGCUGGAUGGCAAAACAGAAUCUGAACUGAAGGAUGAAGAUGAGGAGGACUAUGCCAUGAGUUCAGAGAGCUACUCGGAGAAACUGUCAGCUCUGAGUUCCAGUCUGGCUCGUGUUGUAUCACCAGGAGAGGAAGAGGAGGCUGAACUUGACCAGUUUCCUGCCGAUAGCGAGGACAUGGAGAAGAUGGAAGCUCGAGAAAAGGAACAGAAACAGCUGGAAGCGCAGAAAAAAGUCUUUGAGGGGCUGAAGUUCUUCCUCAACCGAGAAGUGCCCAGGGAGUCUCUGGCUUUUGUCAUUCGGUGUUUUGGUGGAGAGGUGUCCUGGGACAAGUCUGUUUGCAUUGGGAGCAAAUAUGAUGUGACAGACGAGACCAUCACACAUCAUAUUGUUGAUAGACCCACUGUUGACAAACAGUUCAUAAACAGGUACUACAUCCAGCCUCAGUGGGUGUACGACUGCAUCAAUGCCAAAAUCCUCUUACCUGUGGAAGACUAUUUCCUUGGAGUGACUCUUCCCCCUCACUUGUCUCCGUUCGUGGAGGAGAAGGAUGGGGAUUACAUACCCCCAGAGAAACUGAAGAUAAUGGCCUUACAGCGAGGAGAAAAAACUGCUCAAGAUCAGGAAGAAGAGGAUGAUGAUGAAGAGGAGGGAGAGGAAGAUGACGAAGAAGAUGAUGACGAGGGGGAUGAAGAGGAGGAAGAAAAUGAAGAGAUUAACCUGAAAAAGAUGGAGGAGCAAAGAUCCAAGGGGAAGUCUUUGCAAGUCAAAGUAACGGCAGGAAAAGUCAAGACAGAAAAUUCUGCACGCUUGGCGCAGGAAGAGAAAGCAGAGGAAAAACGUUUGGCCAUCAUGAUGAUGAAGAGAAAGGAAAAGUAUCUCUACGACAAGAUCAUGUUUGGAAAGAAAAGAAAAGUCCGAGAGGCUAACAAGCUCGCUGCCAAGAGAAAAGCCCACGACGAUGCUGAAAAAGUCAAGAAGAAGAAGACCAGAAAAUAACUCUUUAGUCCUAUUCAGAGAGACUUUCUGUAUAAAAUACGUAACAUCUGACGGGCCAUUAAAGCUUUUGGAGCAUGGGUACAUACGUUGUCUUUGACAUAGUCUCAUACAGAAAUAAAGGAUCUUUGCAUUUGCUACUUGUAUAAUUACUGAUGUAAAAGUUAAUGUCCCUAUUUGUUGGCAUGAAUACUUCUAUUCUAGAUGCCUUCCAUUGCAUUUUAAUAUCUGUUUUCAAUUAAAAGCUGUGUACUCAG